GCACAUGUGUCCUUCCGCGCGUAGAGGAAAUGCUGCUGAACCAAUCACAUCUGUGUUUACACCAUCACCUGUCAAACACACACCCUCGCCUGGAUUUUCUCUCUGUACGGAGCUGAAAAACAAAAUCAGACUGAAGCGCUUACGGUAAACGUUACCUGGACGGACUCUCUGGCAAUUGACCUUUUGCAGUGGAACAGCGGAAUAAGUCUUAAACCAUGAGCUCAGUGGCAGUGUUGACACCGGAGAGCUUUGCGGAGCACCGCAGUGGCCUCAAGGAUCAGGAGAUUACAGGUUGCGUCCCGGAGGAUGAAGCCUAUAUCCCAACCUACCUGGAGGCCUUCCCUCCUCUCCCAGAGAAGGGCACACCAGGGGAAAAAACUGGGGAGCAGCCAUCAGCAUGGGGCAGCAAGAUCAGGCCCAUCAAAGCCUCUGUUAUCACUCAGGUCUUCCAUGUCCCUUUGGAGGAGCGUCGAUACAAGGACAACAGUCAGUUUGGAGAGGGGGAGGAGGCCAAGGUUUGUUUAGACAUCAUGCAACGAACUGGAGCCCACAUCGAACUCUCUCUGGCUAAAGACCAAGGGCUGUCCAUCAUGGUUACUGGAAAACUGGAUUCUGUCAUGAAAGCUCGGAAAGAAAUUGUAGCACGUCUGCAGACACAAGCCUCAGCAACUGUUGCCAUUCCCAAGGAGCACCAUCGCUUUGUGAUUGGUAAAAAUGGUGAGAAACUGCAGGAGUUAGAACUGAAGACGGCUACUAAGAUUGCAAUACCCCGACCUGAUGAUCCCAGUGCUAACAUCCGCAUCACUGGCACCAAGGAGGGAAUUGAGAAGGCUCGCCAUGAAAUUCUCCUUAUUUCUGCUGAACAGGACAAACGAGCUGUGGAACGCCUAUCCCUGGAAAAAGCCUUCCACCCAUUCAUCGCUGGAGCGCACAACCGCCUGGUGCAGGAGUUGAGCCAGGAGACAGGGGCGCGCAUCAGUAUCCCCCCACCCAGCCUGCCCAAAGACGAGAUCGUCAUCACUGGAGAGAAGGAAGCUGUGGCACUGGCACUCAACCGCAUCCGGGCCAUUUACGAGGACAAGAAGAGGAAGACCACAACGAUCUCGGUGGAAGUGAAGAAGUCUCAGCACAAGUACAUCAUUGGACCUAAAGGGAACACUCUGCAGGAGAUCUUGGAGGCUACAGGGGUAUCCGUGGAGAUGCCCCCACUGGACUCCCCCUCAGAGACCAUCAUUUUGAGAGGGGAGCCGGAUAAGUUAGGCCCAGCUUUAACUCAAGUUUACGCAAAGGCUAAGAGUGUUAUGGUAGUGGAGGUGACUGCUCCUGCCUGGUUGCAUCGCUUUAUCAUUGGGAAAAAAGGGCAGAACAUUGGCCGAAUCACACAGCAGCUUCCACGGGUGCACAUUGAGUUUACAGACGGAGAAGAGCGCAUCAGUCUGGAGGGACCCACAGAGGAGGUGGAGCAGGCGCAGGCUCAAAUACAAGAAAUCAUUAAGGACCUGUUGGUGAGAAUGGACUACACUGAAGUCUUCAUUGAUCAGCGUUUUCACAGACAUCUUAUUGGGAAGAAUGGAGCAAACAUUAAUCGGAUCAAAGAGCAGUACAAAGUAUCAGUCAGAAUCCCCCAGGACUCAGAGCGAAGUGGUCUGGUCCGGAUUGAAGGAGAUCCCAAAGGAGUCCAGCUGGCACGAAGAGAACUCAUCGAAAUGGUUCAGAGAAUGGAAAAUGAAAGAACCAAAGACCUGAUUGUGGACCAGAAAUACCAUCGGACAAUUAUUGGGCAGAAAGGGGAGAAGAUCAAGGAGGUUCGAGACAAAUUCCCCGAGGUCAUUAUUAAUUUUCCUGACCCAUCACAGAAGAGUGACAUUGUCCAGUUGAGAGGACCAAAGAAUGAGGUGGAGAAAUGUGCCAAGUUUCUCCAGAAAAUCAUUGCAGACUUGAUCGAAAACAGCUUCUCGCUCUCUGUUCCUAUCUUCAAGCAGUUUCAUAAAAAUAUCAUUGGUAAAGGCGGCGCUAACAUUAAAAAGAUUCGUGAAGAGACCAACACUAAGAUUGACCUUCCAACAGAAAAUAGUAACUCUGAGAUGAUAGUUAUCACAGGGAAGAAAAGCAACUGUGAGGCUGCCAGAAGUCGAAUCUUGGCAAUACAAAGAGAGCUGGCCAAUAUAAAGGAGACAGAGGUCACUAUUCCAGCCAAGUUGCACAACUCUCUAAUCGGCUCCAAAGGCUGCCUGGUCCGCUCCAUCAUGGAGGACUGUGGUGGCGUUCACAUCCACUUCCCCUCUGAAGGCUCUGGCUCAGAUAAGGUCACGAUCCGGGGACCAGCGGGCGAGGUGGAAAAGGCCAAGAAGCAGCUGCUGCAGCUGGCUGAGGAGAAGCAAGUGAACAACUUCACUGCAGAGCUUCAGGCAAAGCCAGAAUACCACAAGUUCCUGAUUGGCCGAGGAGGCGUAAAUAUUCGCAAAGUACGAGACAAAACAGGUGCACGCAUCAUCUUUCCUUCAGCGGAUGACGUAGAGCAAGAACUGAUCACCAUCGUAGGCAAAGAGGAAGCAGUUCGUCAAGCACAGAAAGAGCUGGAGUGUUUACUCAAAAACCUGGAUGAUGUUGUUGAAGACACUAUGAACGUGGACAUCCGACACCACAGACACUUUGUGUGUCGGAGAGGACAGGUGCUGAGAGAGCUGGCAGAGGAGUACGGGGGCGUGGCUGUGAGCUUUCCUCGUACUGGAUCCAACAGUCAGAAAGUUACACUUAAAGGGGCAAAAGACUGCGUGGAGGCCGCAAAGAAAAGAAUACAGGAGAUUAUUGAGGACCUGGAGUCCCAGGUGAGUGUGGAGGUUGCAAUCCCUCAGCGUUACCACAGAGCUGUGAUGGGCCCAAAGGGCUGCCGCAUUCAGCACAUCACCAGGGAGCACGAGGUUCAAAUAAAGUUCCCCGAGAGAGAAGAGAGCACUGCAGGCCAGGAUGCUUUACUUCAAGAAAAUGGUGAUGUCAGUCCUGAGGCUGAGUUCAUCCCUCGAAAGUGUGACAUCAUCACCAUCUCGGGGCGGGCGGAGAAGUGCGAAGUCGCAAAAGCAGCUUUGCUGGCACUGGUGCCCAUUACAGAGGAUGUAAAAGUGUCCUAUGAGUUGCACCGUUACAUUAUUGGACAAAAGGGAAGUGGGAUCAGAAAAAUGAUGGAGGAAUAUGAGGUGAACAUCUGGGUACCACAGCCCGAGAGGCAGCUUGAUGUGAUCAAGGUGACAGGUCUGGCUGCCAAUGUGGAGCGAGCGAAACUGGGUUUGCUUGAAAGGGUCAAAGAACUUCAAGCUGAACAAGAGGAUAGGGCUCUGCGCAGUUUUAAGGUCACAAUGUCUGUUGAUCCUAAGUUCCAUCCUAAGAUCAUUGGUCGCAAAGGAGCAGUUAUUUCUCAGAUCAGAAAAGACCAUGAUGUCAGUAUCCAGUUUCCAGACAAAGGCGAUGAGCAGCAGGACCUCAUUGUGAUAUCAGGCUACGAGCGUAAUGUGGAGGAGGCACGUCAGGCCAUUCAGCAGCUGGUCUCGGAGCUACAGGAGAUGGUGAGUCAGGACGUGCACCUUGACCCCCGGACCCACGCACGUAUCAUCGGCGCUCGCGGGAAAGCCAUCCGCAAACUCAUGGAGGAGUUUAAGGUGGAUAUUAGGUUUCCUCAGCCUGGAUCUGAUGAGCCGGAUAAAGUGACAGUGACCGGGCUUCCAGAGACUGUGGACAGCGCCAUCGACCACCUGCUUAAUCUAGAGGAGGAAUAUAUGCUGAGUGUGACUGAAACGGAGACAUUGGCAGCGUACAUGAAGCCCCCAUCCCGAUAUGGAGGGGGCCCGGGGGGAGCGGGGGGACCAGACGACGGUGGUCCUGCUAAAGGAUUUGUGGUUCGGGACGCCCCAUGGAACGCAGCAGGAAAUAAGGCUCCGGACAUGAGUAGUGCAGAGGAUUUCCCCACGUUUGGGACUGGCAUUGCCCCAAAGCAAACCUCAGCUUGGGGCCCGAAAAAGUUCUGAGACCAUCUUUAAAGGAAAAAAUGUGUAUUGUAGAUGAAAAAACUUGAUUGCUGCUCGCCUUCCUUCCUUCUUCCUUGUUAGAAACCUCCUUUUGUCUGUUGUUUUUAUGUCAACCUUCAUCUACCAACCUCCAAAAACCAGCCACAAAGAAUCUUCUGAAGAAACUAUUCCUUCAUAUAUUUUUUCAUUCUACUUUGUAUGUGUAGUCUGGUUUCCUGGGGCAACGAGGACGACAUUGGGAGCUCUUACUUUUGUUAUGUCUUGCUAUUAUGCUCACUCAGUUGCACUGCAUUAGUCGAUUUGAACUUUUUAAAAACUGUCUGCUGACCGUCAGUAAUGUGAAGGAGCGACCUUGGAAAUUAGCUCAUUUUAAAUAUUUAUUAGAAUUUUAAAUGAGAUUGACCAUUCAUAAUGUUUUCUAUGUGUUCAUUCCCUUCACAAAGCAGUUUGUUUUGUGAGCUGUGCUGGAUGCAGAGAUUUCCACCUUCAAUUGUAUUUAUUUUGGAUGGAUUCUAUAAACGAUUUUUUUGUAUUAUGUUUUUUUUUUUUUUUUAUUGAAAAGAUUUGGGAGUCUUGAAUCUGUUUGUACUGAAGCUUGUUCUGUUUCUGAACUAUUUAUUUAUUCCAAAAGGAGAUAUUUUAUUUGAACUACUGUGACCAUACAUUUUGAUAAAAGCACUCUGUAGCUUGCCGCUUAACCCUUCAGUGGAGAGUGAAUGCAGUACAUCAGUGUCUGAGGAACAUUGUAAUGUGGAAGUGUACAAAGGACUUUUCGCUAUUUUUUUAAACUUGUGUGAGGUUUUGUUGGUUCCUGGCAAACCUGGGAGACUGAACGUGUGUGUGUGUGUGUGUGUGCUGUCAAUAUAUUUGAAUGAAGCUAAACCAAACUUUUACAUUUUGUCUGUGUCUCUCUACAAUUGUUUAAAGGGUCCAUAUUUCACGAUUACUGAUCUAUGUUAUAAUGAGGUUUCCUCCUCACAAACCUGGAGUUGUUUUGUUUCAUUCAAACAUGUUUAACACACAAACCAUGACUAUUUUGACUGAUUUCUUCUCUCAAACACACCUUGUUCCACCUUGUGAUGUUAUGUGGUAAUACAAGUGCUCCACUGUGUUUUAAAUUCCAUACACCUUCAGUAGAAUAAUCUGGAUGAUUUAAUCCUUAAAAUUGUCAAACUACUGAACUAACAGUGAAAAGUAGAUGUUAAUAUGAAAACUACUAUUACAUGAUAUCACAAGGUGGAACAAAACAUGUUUAGCUUUGGAGAUAUAGACAGACUAAUAAUAAAGAAUUUAUCAAACAUGUGUGAAUGAAACAAAAACAUAAACAUAUCUGGGUGUAUUUGUGGAGGUAACAUAACAUGGUUUAAAGCUCACAAGAGUCAGUUUUGUGUAAUAUAGGACCUUUAAAAUGGUCUUCACUCAUAAAAUUACCCUUGUAGACAUGCUGCUGGAUGAAAUCAUUAAAGCUGAAUUUUCUGUAA